UAGAGGGACAAAAAGGCCUUAACUGUCGUUCGGCUUUAGCAGUUAGCCGGUAAAGCAAACAUGGCUUCGUUCAUUAUCAAACCUACCCACGUCCGCUGUGUUGUGAGGACAGCCAGGCUCAUAAGCGAGCAUCGGACAGGGAUAACAUUAUUUUCAAAGAGAAGUUAUGCCACUGAAGAAGACAGCAGGAUACCCAAAAUAUACACCAAAACAGGGGACAAAGGUUUCUCAAGCACAUUUACAGGAGAAAGGAGGCCAAAGGAAGAUCAUAUUUUUGAAGCUUUAGGAAAUACCGAUGAGCUGUCAUCAGCUAUAGGCUUGGCCAGAGAAUUUUGCCUUGAUAAAGGUCACACAUUUGCACAUCAGCUGGACAAGAUACAGUGCAUUUUGCAAGACGUGGGCUCCAACAUUGCCACCCCUCUAUCAUCUGCAAGAGAAAGUCAUAUAAAGAAAACAAAAUUUACUGCUCAGCCAAUUGCAGACCUGGAAAGCUGGAUUGAUACAUUCACAGAGGAACUUCCUCCACUGACCAACUUCAUUUUACCUUCUGGAGGAAAGAGCAGUGCAGCCUUGCAUGUAGCUCGUGCAGUCUGUCGGAGAGCAGAGCGCAGCGUUGCUCCAAUUGUGCGCUCAGGGGAGGCGGAUCCAGAUGUUGCCAAGUUUUUGAACAGAUUAAGCGACUACCUCUUCACUCUGGCCAGAUAUGCAGCCUUGAAAGAAAACAACGAGGAAAAGAUCUACAAAAGACCAGAAUGAUCAGAUCCUCACAUGAGGAACAAGAUGUAUGAUCAUGUAUAUAAUUUCACAUACAUUGUAAAUAUAUUAAUAAAUAUGAAUGAGGUCCA